CAUUCUAUUAGCUUAUGCUAUGGAAUAAUUGUCAAAUGAAGUCUCGACUACUCAAAUCACAACUGUGUGUGAUGGCCCAAAAGUUGUUGAUACACAAAUACUACAAAAUUGGAACUCAAAUUUCUCAAAAACUGAGGAAAUGCUCCAAAGUUUUUAGAAGACUACAGCUUAACUUUGA